AUGCAUGGCUUUCAUUUAAGUAGAAAAUAAUAGCAAAGUAGUGUGAGCAGCAGUCAGUUUAAAAGCCAAAGGACCAGCAGAGGACAGAAAUUUAUAGCUCUAGGAACUCAGAAACAAGAUCUGAGUGGGCCAGUUGCCUAGAAAUACAAACAGCAAUUCAGCUCAAUACUUCUAAAGCCUCAGCAAUAGACAUUUAAGUAUCUAAUAAGAUAAAAGUUUAUGGCUGCCUAUUCUUAUCAGAUGCGAAUGACUAUUCAUUUGACUAGUACUAGCUCUGACAUGGAUUUUAGCAGUGAAACUAUAGCUAAAUAAGAGAAACUUAAAAAACUAAGGAGGCAAUUACGAUAAAAUACCAUUACUUUUAACUAACUGAGAGCAAGGGAAGAACCGAUCAUGUCAGCUAGAUAGGCUCUCGACACAAAAGCAUAUAUGACUGAAUAAGAUCUGGGCUCAGUAGAGAUUAAGAGAAUAAAGAGAGAUGCGGAGUAUUAAAGUUGGAUUAAUCUUAACCAGGCUGCAAUUAGCAUCUAGAAGAUUUACAAGGGAGUUACUGAGAAAGAUUACCUUCUUAAAUUCCUAGAAGAUAAAUACCACAAAGACAUGACUGAGCCUUCACUAAGACUUUAGGCAAUUUAUCGCUAGGUUAGGACUCAAACCAAUGCCAAGCAGGAGUACCUGAUACAGGUGCUUAAAGACAAAAUUACUAACUCAAUCAUUGUAAUGCAGUCACUUAUAAGGCUAAAGUAGUAAAGAAGAAAAGUCAAGAUGGCCUAUUUGAUAAAAAGAAUAAUGAGGCAAAGGGAGAGGUCUGCUGUUAUAAUACAGAAACACUAUAAGAGAUAUGCAGUGUAGUAGUUGUAUAGCAGAGUAAUAGAGUUUGAGAGAAACUAUCUCUCGAUUAAAUGGAGUGUUCAGGAACCAAUGCCGCAUAAUGUCCAGGUCAUUGGCAGCUUUACCAAUCCUCCCUGGGAGAAGAAGGUAGAACUAGACUACUGCCCAUUGAGAAGGAUAUUUGUAAAGUACAUGAGUAAUCUUAGCGAGGGAACCCACAUGAUUAAGUUUAUAGUGGAUAGUCAGUUUAAAUGCGAUCCAUACUUUCCUGUGAUUACUGACUCCACAGGACAUCUAAACAACAUUUUAGAAAUAGUUUCAGGUACUGAGCAAUCUGAAAGAUACUUCUCAAGGUAGCAGUCUAUCAGUUCUUCACUUAAAGAAGGAUUGCAAGGUUCAUUAAAGAGUUACAAGAGAUCUCAAAAAUCUAGAGAAGGCGCAAAUUAAAUGCACAUGGGAGCAUUCCAGAAUAGAGUUAAAAGAGGAAGUCAGGGAUUUAAUGCUUACAUUAACUAAGGUAGGCAAAUGCAAUUCGACAAAGUCUCCUCUAAAUCUUCCAAAGAAAAGCUUAACAUAUUCAAAAACGAUAAGAACUAUCACUUGGAGGAAUUUGAGGAAUUUAAGUAUCCCUAUGAGGAAUCAAAGCAAUCCAGCUAUAGCAAAAAAGACUAUCAUUUUAAUAGGAUGUCUCCUAUUCCAAGUGUGAAAAGAGACUUUAUUGAUAACCUUGGAGAUGACUUGAUUGAUCAAGAUUUUGACAGAAUCAGUUUGGACGAUCCCUCCUAAAAGGCUUCAGUUCUCAGAGAAGAGAUGAAGCAACAGUAAAGAAGAGAAGAGGAUAAACAGAGACUGAAGAGCAAGAACAAGCUUCUGACAUAUGAAGAUUCUUACGAAGAGGAAUAACUAGAUACCAAAAUAACUGGCUAAUUUGGUUUAAACCAAUUUGGAUUUGGAUAAAGUGAGUAUUAAGCAUCUUAUAACAUGCCCUAAAUGAUGGAAGGUAUCCAGUACGAUGACUACUAUGCUCAGCAUUACUACUAAGAUGAAAAUCUAGUGUCAACUUAAUUAAGUUUUGGAAACAUGAUUUCUCAAAACCCAGAUAAUUUCCCUCUUGGGGGAGGAUUUGGUCAAAAUUUUGAGAAUAAUGAGCAGCCUUUAAUCUCGAAUCAGUACUACAAUCUUAUGCAAUUUGGCUCUAACAACUAAGAGUAGUAGGAAGAGCAGGAAACUGAAUAAGACACAAGAAAAGAGUCUUCUUAGUAAACUCAAAAUUCCCAGAAGUCCUCUACUUAAUCUAAAAAGACAAUGUUUUGA